AUGCUCUUCGAUCGCUUAACCAACCAGCCUUCGCUGGCAAAGCUUCAGGACAUUAUAUCAAACGUUCCUUUAAGCAAAAUACUCCCCCUUUCGGUGCUCAUCAUCGCCACCACCGCCUUGAUCAUCGACUAUGGCUACAUGCUCUACCUCCGCUCCAGGAUGCCACCGGGCCCGUUUCCCCUGCCCCUAAUCGGCAACACCUUUUCGCUCCCCGACAGCAAGCCGUGGGUCUGGUUCGAGGAGCUUUCCAAAAAGUACGACGCGCCGCUGGUGACGGUCUGGAUCGGGCGCAACCCGACCGUCUGGAUCUGCGACGCGUGGUGCGCGCACGACAUGUUUGAAAAGAAGGCGCAGCUGUACUCGUCGCGCCCGCGCAUGGUGGUCUUUGGCGAGCUGGGCACCGGCCAGGCCAACCUGGUGACGAUGCGGACCCGGAACCAGGCCGAGCGGGACCACUGGCGCGUCCACCGCAGGCUGAUGCACCUCGGCGUCGGCACCCAGGUCGUCCGGCGGUACCGCGGCGUGCAGGACGCCGAGAGCAGGGUCGUCGCCCUCGACGUGCUGCGCGACCCGGCCGCCUUUGUCGCCCACCUAGAGCGCUACGCCACCAGCGUCGUCUCCAUCCUCGCCUUUGGCCGCCGCGUGGCGUCCGCCUCGGAUCCCAUCAUCACCGAGGUCAUCGCCGUCAUGCAGCUCGCCGCCGAGCUCAACGUGCCGGGCAAGAAGUUCCCCAUGCUCAUGGAGACGUUCCCCAUCCUGGCGAGAUUUCCCCGCAGCAUGCCGUGGAUGAAGGGCCUGGGAGCCAGGGGCCGCAAGGGCGGCCACUACUUUUGGCACUCGCUCGCUCAGGAGGCGGUCGAGCAGAUGGACGGCAGGACCGACGAGCAGAAGCGAAACAUCCCCAAGCCAUACGUGCACACGCUCUUUGCCGAGAACGACCAGUACAACCUCCCGAUCGACGAGAUCUCCAACCUGACGGGCAACUUAUUCGGCGCUGGCUCGGACACGAGCGCCAGCACGCUCGUGACAUUUGUCCUGGCGUGCUGCGCCUUCCCCGAACCCGCGCAAAAGGCCCAGCGCGAGCUGGACCGCGUGGUCGGCCACGACCGCUCGCCCAGCUUCGACGACCAAGCAGACCUGCCGUACGUCAAGGCCUUCGUCAAGGAGCUGCUCCGCUGGCGGCCCGUGGCCAUCAUCGGCGGGCAGCCGCACUCUCCGACGGCCGACGACGACUACAAGGGCUGGCACAUACCUGCCAACAGCUGGGUGCAGGGAAACCUGUGGGCGAUCCACCGCAACCCGCGCGACUUUCCCGACCCGGACCGCUUCGAGCCCGACCGAUUCGUCGAGGGCUCCGAGUGGCAGCGGCCGUUCCCCGGGGACAGGGGAUACAUGACUUUUGGCUGGGGCAGGCGCGUCUGCAGCGGCCAGGCGCUGGCGGAACAGGGCGUCUGGAUCACGGUGGCGAGGCUGCUGUGGGCGUUUGACAUGCGCAAGAAGCGCGACCCGGUCACGGGCGCCGAAGUCCCCGUUGACAUCUUUGCCUUUACGAACGGGUUGAAUAUGAGGCCACAGCCGUUCUUGUGCGACAUUACGCCCAGGAGUGACGAGAUCAGGCGGACGGUGGAGAGGGAGGGACUUGAUGCUCUCGUGGAGCUGAAGCCGCUGGAUGGAGAGAGUCGGUAUCGUUUCAGCACGUACUACCAGCAGAAGAAGAAGGAGUCUGGAUAG